UACAUAUGUAAGUAUGUUUGUAGACAAAAAGCGACAUACUAACAAACGAACGUAUAUACAUACAUAUAUUAAGGAUUAUUUAAAAUAUUAAAAACAAAAUUAUAUUAACGGUAAAAGUUCUAAGUUUGAAACAUUCCGAUAAAUGAAAAAUUUGUUAAAGUAAUCUGUCAAAUUUAUUUAGGCAUUAGAUCAUUUUUAUAUAAAAAUAAAUAAAAAAAAUUGUAAAUAUAUUUCGUCAAUUAAAAAAGUUUUCCAUGUAUGUUUGUACAUAUAUGUACAUACAUACAUAUACAUAUGUAUGGUACUUCUAAAAGAACAUAAUUUAGAUACAUAGCUCAUUUUGAAGACAGGUAUAUGUAUAUAUGCUAUAGUGGUCCGAUCUUAACCAUUUGUACAUUGUAGGGUUGUGAACAAUAAUGUAUAUUAUGACAAAUUUUGGGACGAUGUCUUGUCAAAUACAAAAGUUUUCUAUAGAAGGGCUUUAUUUUGAUCGGUUACUUUAACCAGCUGACCACUAUAUACGAGGGCUGUCUGAUAAAUAACCGACCUCAACGUGAAGCUAGCGGCACAUCUGAAAAAAAGUUUCUACUUCAAAUUGUGCAUAUUAUAAUAGCUACUCGGCAAAAUUUCAGAAAUUUAUCUUGCGCAAUUAUCUGUUGACAGUCGUUUUUGUGAGUCUAUUUCGGUGAUUUCCCCAAAAUGGAAAAAAUUGAAUAUCGAGCUGUAAUUAAAUUUUUAUUUUUGAAAGGCAAUACGCCUUCACAAAUCAAAGAAGAGUUGGACUCUGCGUAUGGUGACUCUGCACCAUCGUUUACCACCGUAAAAUUUUGGGCAGCUGAAUUUAAACGUGGUCGCAGGAGCUUGGAAGAUGAUGAACGUCCUGGGCGUCCAAAAACUGUAACCACUGUACAUACAUAGCUAUAAGAGACAUCGUUAGUUCCGACAAAUGAACCCCUUUUUUAGGAUAAAAAGAAAAUAGUUUGGCGAGUAUAAAACGUGCAAAUAAUUACAAGUUGAUACUACUCUGGCUUGCCUACUUUUGAAAGUUGCCAAGCUGCAUAUUGAAUGUGCUAGAAUUACAGUGAAAGUGUAGCAAUAAAAAAAUGAAUUUGUAUAUUUAAAUUAAUAACCUCAACUCAAUCAGUUCAAAGAGUUACAAUUAUAAAAGUGUGUGCUAAAAUUAAUAAACAAUAAUGACUAUUAGUGUAAUAAUAAACAACUAAAUUUAUUUUAUUUGCAUCCCGUUAGCAACAUACAUUGACGGAUUACAUAAACUGAUCAGAUUGGAGUUUUGUGAGGUAAUUAACUUAUGAUAGAACGAAGUUUAAGCCUUCGGACAGACCAACGAUUUUUAUUAGAAUCCAUGGAAACCUUAAUGGACAUUAUACAGAUUUCAAUUGCGAUGAUGAUUUACUAAAGACAGCGCCAUCGCAUCAUUUGGACGCCGGACAGAAUUAGUGGACGGUCACUGACCGUACGAACAAUUUGACGAACCUUUGUGACAAGCUCCAGGCCAAAGCCUUCAUAGCUUAACUCCGCUUACAAACUGACGACGAGCUCCUCUUAAUGUUGCCUUAAGCGCGAGUGUGAAUUUUAUGCGCAGCGUGGCAGGCAAGUGGCUGACCUUUUGCGCACGUUAACGCCUUUGACACACCCCUUACGCUGGCGGAUAGCAGCCGCGCAUUCGCGUUCCACGCGUACCGGCCACGACACAAACUGAAAAACGCGGGAUGUCGGAAAAAUGGCGUGCACUAAACUCAACUAGCGGAAAUGUACAUGGACAGACACAUAAAACAGUAACAACAACAGCGGCAGCAAAAACAAGCAGUAAAUCUAAAUUGCAGAAUAUGGCAAGCAAUCACAAUAACUCCGGCAGCAGCAGCCACACAGUGCCACAUAUUGGCGCACCUACUUUGAUAUCGACUACACUGCAACAAUUACCGCCGCCAACACUGACACCGACACCGACAACACCCACACCACAGUCCAUGACUGGUGGAGAUGGGAAUACCAGCAGCAACUCUCAUUCACCGAACACUGCAAUGCUAGCGUCUGGCGCUGCCGGCAGUGACACCGAGUCCAACUCGACGGACUACAAUGCCGGCGCUAUUGGUGGCGCUGGUGCGGGUGGCGCUCUGGGCGCUGGUGUGCAAUUAAACUUUCAUCUAUUGACGUCGGAUGCCGGCACCGCUGGCGAUGGUAAUUCAAUAAUGAACUCAUCACAAAUAUCUGGCAACUCCAAUGAUUCGAUGCAGUUGUCGAGCAGUCCAGCCGCUGUUGGUGGUGGCGGUGGUCCUGUGGCAAACAUUGCUGGAAAAUCGGGCGGUGGCAAACAUUUGACCGCACACAGCGUGGCAGGGAAAUCCUGUCGCUUUCCGAAACUCGAAGAAUGCGCACACUUCCACUAUGAACGCGUGCAAUUGGGCGCAUUUUCGGUGCGUCUAAUGGACGAUAAAUCCGAAUUGCUGAACAGCAGCAUAGCAUCACAAUCGAUUGGCGGCGAUAUUGCCGGCAGUCAACUGGGACAGGCGCUCAGCAACAGCGGUACCGGUCCCUCAUCCUACCGUUCCUUCUCGCCAGCGAAUUGUUGGUUCAUCAUAAAAGUUUUCCCGCACAGCUGUGAUCCGUUUCUAGUGAAACGUUCCUUUGACAAUAUGCAGAUGUUGGACGAGAUGUUGCAUCGCUGCGUGUAUGAUCGCAAAAUAAGCGGUCUGAAGAAUUUGGAAGAGUUGGAUUUCAAGAGUGAGGAAGAUGUCGAAUAUGCGGUCGCAAAAUAUUUGGAGCGUUUCUCAAAGAUCGCCUCCGAUUCGUUGACUUGCGGCACUAUACUCACUUGGUUGCAAUUGGACAAUAAGGGGCGUCGUUUACCGCUAGCCGAUGGUGAUACAAUGCGUACGAUAAAUACACCCGCAGUGGGAGCCGCUUAUGGUGUGCGUCGCUAUCAGGCGCAAGCAUCCGAUGAAAUCUCUAUUGAAGUGGGUGAUAUGAUCUCCGUUAUUGAUAUGCCUAGUCCGGCUGAAUCGAUUUGGUGGCGUGGCAAGAAAUCGCACUUACAAAAAUCACAAUACGAAGUUGGUUUCUUUCCGCAAUCGUGCGUGGCUACAAUCGGUGAUAAGGUGCCGCGUCAUUUUCCUAUGCCAGCGCCACUAGUCGGCCAAUUAGAUGUCUCGCCAACGAAACCGGUUUUACGUAAACAUGGCAAACUCAUUGCAUUCUUUCGUUCCUUCAUCUUAUCACGGCCAUCACGGCGUCGUCUCAAGCAGAGCGGCAUCUAUCGGGAACGCGUCUUCUCGUGUGAUCUAUCAGAGCAUUUACUCAACAGCGGGCAGGAGAUACCAAUGGUAUUGAAAUGUUGCGCGGAAUUCAUUGAAGAAUAUGGUAUCGUCGAUGGUAUCUAUCGGCUUUCGGGUAUUACGUCGAAUAUACAAAAGUUGCGACGCGCUUUCGACGAAGAGCGUAUACCAGAUUUGGGUAAUCCGGAGAUGAAACAAGACAUACACGCGGUUAGUUCGUUGCUGAAAAUGUACUUCCGUGAAUUACCGAAUCCUUUGUGUACGUACCAGUUGUAUGACAACUUUGUUGAGGCCAUACAAGAGAAGAGCGAGUCGAACGAACGACUUCGACUGAUGAAGGAGACUGUACUGAAGUUGCCGCCACCGCAUUAUCGCACAUUGAAAUACUUAGCGGAGCAUCUAAAUCGCAUCUCACAACACUCUGCACGCACCAGCAUGAAUGACAAGAAUCUGGCUAUAGUUUGGGCUCCCAAUCUACUUCGCUCACCAGCGCUCGAGUCCGGUGGUGUGGCAGCGCUACGCGGCGUUGGCGUACAAGCUGUCGUCACUGAGUACCUGAUACGUAAUUGUCACAAUAUUUUCGACGCCUUCGAUGAUAUGAAUGUGCGUCUUAGCUACAUUGCCACAGCUGGCGCGGCACAAGCCAACGAGACGCGUCUCGAUUCGUUAACGGAUUGUGAGAGCUUGUUAGUGGAGCAGCGCGAACACGAUCAAUCGCUUACCUAUAUGGAGCGUCCGAAAAGUCUUAGCACUGGCGGUCCGAAGUUGAUUAGUUUAGAGGAGGCACAGGAGCGUCACUCACGUAUUGAUGGACUCGAUAUGAAGACUACAAUGCCUAUAAAUAUGGUAUCCAGCAAUGCUGCAAAUAUUGGUUCAUAUAUUGAGGUCGGCGGUGGACCAUCUAGUCUACCUGAUAAAUAUCAUACAGUGCUGUCGGUGCCACGCAGCUGGCAGAAGCGGAAAACACAUUCAUGGAAAUCGCUCUUUACACGUAAUCAACGACCAAUCAGCAACGGCGCACACGAUUUGAAGACUGGUGCCGCGUCAACUGCAGUUGCUAGUAAUGUUGUGCCGCCAGCGCGUCAGAAGGACGGCAGUCACACACAAGUUACAUUUGCAGAAGCCGACUUGAUAAUCACAAAUGCCGGUAAAGUGGGUAAGGCGCUGCACAAGCAAGAAAAACCGAAAUCGAUUGAACUAUUCGAGACGAGCAGUCGACGUGACGACGUGGUCGGAAAGCCGAUGGAAGUCUGUGUACGUUCGAACUCCAUCGACAGUCUGCGCACUGCUGGACACUCACGUUCGGUUUCGCAUGAUUCCUACUUUGAUUUGCUGCAGUCGCCACAACGUGGACAUGUGACAACUUGUCCGUCACGCGAGCUCUCCGAAUUGGGUUUGAAUUUCGAUCGUGAAGAGCCUGAGAUGCGCAUCUUCUCCGAAAGUGAGUCGCUAGUGAGCUCACCACGCGUCGGCAAGGAAAAUAUACCACCAGCUUCUGGCGCAGCUUCACGUCGCAUAUUGCGCGCGCGUCCCGAGGAGUUUUCCAGUCAGACAAACAGCGUUAAUCCGAGUCCCAAAAAGCAGCCACGUCUCAAUUUGCAUCUUUCGCCAAGCGCAGCUUCCGCUUUGGCGAAUAAUUGGGCACAACAGGGCGGCCACGGCGGCCACGGCGGCGCAGCAGGUAUGCCAAGUGGUACAAUGUUAGACGCAGCUGGCAACGAGUCGGUCUGCCAUGAGCAUCACGCACAUCUUUCUAGUGACGAAAGCUGCUGCAAACGUUACAAGCUCGAAGAUCAAUUGUCCGAUAUACAGUUCAUUGAUUGCAGCACACCUGAGCACACCAUAGCCAAUCCACAGACGCUUUAUGCAAGCGUGCAAGUACACGCGCCACCCAAGUCAGCGCUCUCCAAAAAUUCGCUGUACGGCUCGACAGAGAGUACAAACAAAUCGCAAGAUGCCGUUAGCGCUAAGGCGAUACAAUUUGAAAAGAAGUACGGCAUUGCUGCCAAAGGUGGUGGUGAGAAGAAGACAAGCGCUGGCGCGGCAGCAGCAGCCGCAGCAGGUGGCAGCAUUAUCAGCACUCGCUACAGUUACCCCACAGUGCAGUUGGGCGCCAAGCGCAAAGAUCAGGAUUCAUUCAAAGAACGUUUCAGUUAUCCCGGCUCUGGGGUGAGCAAUGAACGUCGCUUCUCUGCAAAAGAUGCCGCAUCCCGCAUGCAAUUCGAGGAUGAGCUUUGCGCCAAACGUGAGCUGGAGAGCAUUACACAAGUACCUUAUGGAAGAAACACAAGCCACAACAAUCAUACACAUGCGCCCAAGAAUCUACCCGACUUGAUGCGUCCGAAGAAUCGCAACAGCUACUGCAAUGCCAAUGAGGCACUGAAUACGUUACUAUUACGCAAUAGUACUAAUGAAAUAACCAAAGAUGCCAAAUCCGAAAUGGAACGUUCGAAAAUUUCCGUUACACCUUCCUCACCAAUGCAGAGUCCACGCUACUCGUUGUUGGUGGGUGAGACCAGCUCCGAGAAUAGUUCGGCUGUCAAUACGCCACAAUAUGAUUUGGAACCCCUAAUGGCUACCUCUGCAAUGUCGGGUUUAUCACAACUCUCGGGCGCAUCCUCACAUCAACAGCAGCAACCAUUAUUAUUGGGCGUCGACACGGGCAGUUGUUUGGGCACAUCACACGAAAGUCUCGGCAGCAAUUUCACAUCACACUCGAACAUCACGAACACAUCGCAUCCCGAACGUCGCGAUAUGCACGCACUUAAACGAGAGCUCUCACUCGAUCUUCAACCACUGACCACCAAGAUGACCAUCGACGGUGUAGAUGGUAUUGGCAAUGGUGGUGCUGGACAUGCGUCCACAUUGCCCUACAAUAGACAACGAGAAUUAGCACAGCAACUCAUUCCAUCGCCGAAUAAUUCGAAUUUCACAGACAAUACUAGUCAAUCGGUGACGCCCAGUGAAUUCGGCUAUCAGAAUUUGCAACGUCAGUCGAGCAUGCAUUCGUUGAUUGAAACCGAGGCGGAGUCGCCAGCGUAUGAAGAAUACGAGAAUACACCGAGCAAUAUGGCCUCACCGUUGUUGGGCGCACAAAAGCCGCCACCGGUAGGCGGUCCCACAAGCCCGAUACGUGCUACAAUUAGCAUUACAUAUAAUAUGCGUAGUCCACGCGAGGAAUUGCCAACUAAAGGUUACGCUGUGAUGCGCGACAAGACGAAGGCUGCUGCCAAGGGACCGCUGCUGGAGACGAGUUUCGAUGAGAAUACCGUUUAUGAGCAGGUGCGAUUCUUUAGAAAUUCUGUGACCGAGGUAAAUCAGCUAUUAAAUGACGAACGUAAGAGUGUUGUGACGCUCGAAUGUCUGAAAGAGACCAAUGAGAAUGAUAUGCAGGACUUUAGUGCUUACGAAAACGUACCGCUCCUAAAUGAAAAGACAACUAGCAAGGCAUGUCGGCCAGAUAUGCCGAUGUGUGGCGAGAAAAAUCUGUUAGACAGUUUGGAAGACGACGCCGAGCAAGAAGAUGAGGGUUUGCUCUAUGAAAAUGUUGAAUUACGCAAACCGAAAAGUGUUUAUGAAAAUUUAUUAGGUGAACAAUUGAAAGGUGAAGUAAGAGAAGCUGAUCCAUCAGACAAAUUAGAAUUGGACAGCUUGGAUAGCAUCAAAACCGACACAGAUAUUGUGAAAGCAGAAUGUAUAGAGCUUGCGAAUGUUAACGCGCAAGAGCUUGAACUUGAACCGCCGCUUAGCGCCGGUAUUGUCGAAAACUCAGCACGCAAGUCGCCUUCGAACUUUAGCGUUAAAGAGCUGGCUACAAAGUUCGAGAGUUCGCCUGUCGAGCAACUACCUGCCUUCGACUUCAGCUUCCGCAGUUCGAUUAAAAAGCACACAAGUGUUGUGAAUGCCGAACUGAAAACCUCGCAAACGAGUCUCAGCUCGAAUACCGAGCAGACGGUAGCAACAAAGGAGACUGUGAACCCCAAACAGAAGCUGACGAAAUCACAACAAAUAACGCGUUCGCUGGAUGAGAACGCAUUCGUGCGCGAAUUUGGUUCGAAACAUUUGCAAGAGUUGAACACGCGCAGCACCCAACAGCUGCCCGAACUGGCUGAGGUAACGAAUCGACGUAAAAGUUUCGACUUUACUCGUCCGAAAACGUUAAACCCGCCAAAGCGGCUGCCCGGCAUACCAAUUACCGAAGAGAUUUGUUUGUCGAAGAAUGAAAAGGCAGCGUCACCGGCUGCAUUCAAGCACGAGAAGAGUUACAACCAUGCAGUGGUGGAUGCCGCAUUAGAAAACGAUUACGAAACAGCCGAACUGAAGAUCACGCCAACCACAGAGAAUCGCAUCUCGCUUAUACAGAACAACGUUAACUCGACAGCGCAGCAAGCAGCGGCUACGGGUAACUCAACCGCCGCUGCCAUAAAUGCCAGCGCCAGCGAUCUGAGCAAUUCGAAUUUGAAUUUGUCGACUAGCAGCUUAAAAGUGUUGUCCGGCGUGAAGCUGGACCGCGAGCGUAUUGACAAAAUCAAAGAAGAACGUCGUCAGCAAUUGACACAAAAGUAUCGCGGCGAUACGACGAACUUUAAGUCGCGUUCGAAAACCGAUCUGCACACGCCAUCACAUAAGGACGACGACAAAUUUAAUGGCGCCGAAUCGUUGCGUAUCAAAUCGAAAUCACGCGGUGACAUGCGCGCUCUACAGCAGGAGAACGAAAAUGUUAAAGAGCUACUGGGUCGCGCACGUUUGCUGGCCGGCUCAGAAAGCACUUUGCAUGCACCACGUGUGCGCAGCAUUUCCGAUGAGAAAAAUCAAAAUUGUGAUGCGAACAUAAUAACAACUGCGACGGUUGUAGCUGGCAACAAUUCUAAUACGAAUGCGAAUGCUACCAACAACAGCACUACAAACGACAUCACAACCAACACAACUUCUUCUUUGGGUAAUGUAAACUACGCGAAGAAAUCUACCGCAGCACAGGAAGAGUUCUCAGCACGCGCUACAGUACAGAAAUUCGAACGGAAGAGUUUUGAGUAUGCCAACGGCAUAGCGGCCCCGAUAGCGUCAACGACAGCAGCGCGGGAACGCAAUAGCCGCAGUGAGGGAACAAGUGGCGGUACGAGCAAUAGCUCCAGCGGUAUUGGCAGUCACGCAGCGUUGUCGACUAGUCGGCAAAGUCUAACGUCAACCCGUGAGAAAAUCUCACCACAAUUCUCCAUACGUGACAUGACGGCGAUGUUCGAGUCACGCUCGCAGAAUUCUUAAAACGAGUAAACCCAUGCAAAAUAAGUGGAAACUUAAAAAAUUUUGUAUUUAUAUAACACAUAACUCUACAACUGCAUAUAAAAAGAAGUAGACAGACAGAUUUCUACUACUAUCACAAGCUUACACAUAUACAUACACACAUGCAGUAAAGUGUGCAAGAAGAAAGCAUUUAUGCAACAAAUGAUUAAUAACUAUUUAAAAUUCAAAAUAAAUUAUAUAUACAUAUAAACAAAACUUAAUAAAUGAACGUAUAUAUGUAUAUGUAUAGAUGUGCAUGUGUAUAUUGUGGCAAAAAAUAAUUGUAAAAUAAAACAAAAACAAAUUAAUUGUAUUUUUACAACUUAAUAAUAUAAUAAAUAAUACAGCAAAAGUGUAAAGCAACAAAAAAAAAUAUAUACGCAUAAAUAUGUAUAUACUCAUGUAUGUCUGUGCAUGUGUUGUGUGCAAAAUUGCAAGCCAAAUACAUGAAAAAUAUUUAAAUCACAUUUCUUUCUAGCCAAAUUUACGAUGACAAAGCUAAAAAUAAAUUUAAAAAUUCAAAAUUUACAAGAAAAUAAGUAAAGAAAUUUUUCGGCGCCACUAAAAAAUAUUAUAAUAAAUAUUUGCUAUAUUAUAAAUAUAAAACUUGACAUUUACUAUGUACUAAAUUAAUAUUAAACAUUGUAUGCAACUUUUUUUUCGUUAACAGAAAAAUUUUUCUUUUAUAAAUUAUUCGCUAAGAAACAUGAAAUACAAUUUUAUGAAAAAAAAACAACAACAAAAACUUUAAAUAAAUUUAAUUUAUAAAUAUUAAAACUUGUGUAUGCUUGAUUAUAAUAUUAUUUUAAACAAUUAUUGAUUUUUUUUAACUAUGCUAAUUAUUAAAAAUUAUCCAAAGAAACAAAUAAGACAUUGAAUGAUUAUAAGAAAUUUAUGCAUUUUGUGUAAAAAUAGCCGUUAACGGUUGGUGUGGCAAUGCAGAAAUUGUAUGCAGUUAAAAUGAUGAUAAUGAGACAUAAUAAGCAUUUUGCUAUAUACAUACAAAUAUACUAUAUACUAUAUGCAUAUUAUUUGUGUUAAAUUAUUUUUAAAAAAUCGCUUAGUUAAGCAUUAUUUUUACUUUUUUAUAUGUAAAAAUGCAAAAUGUGUAAUGAAUGCUUAAAAAAUAUAAAUAAAAAUACAUACAUACAUACAUAU